GCCGGAGCCGGAGUCGCGCCGCCGCUGCGCCGGGCACGCCGCACCGCCGCGAUGGAUCUAUUCGACUUUUUCCGGGACUGGGACUUGGAGCAGCAGUGUCACUAUGAACAAGACCGUAGUGCGCUUAAAAAAAGGGAGUGGGAGCGGAGGAAUCAAGAAGUCCAGCAAGAAGAAGAUCUCUUUUCUUCAGGCUUUGAUCUUUUUGGGGAGCCCUACAAGACAAACAAAGGUGAUGCACUUGCCAACCGAGUCCAGAACACGCUGGGAAACUAUGAUGAAAUGAAGGAUUUGCUAACUAACCAUUCUAAUCAGAACCAUCUAGUGGGAAUCCCAAAGAAUUCUGUGCCCCAGACUCCCAUCAACAAAAACGAACCAAGCUUUUUUCCAGAACAAAAGAACCGAAUGAUCCCCCCUCACCAGGAUAAUACCCAGCCCUCAGCACCGAUGCCUCCACCUUCUGUCGUGAUACUGAAUUCAACUCUAAUACACAGCAACAGAAAAUCUAAGCCCGACUGGCCACGAGAUAGUCCUAACCCCAGCACGGUACCAGCAAGCCAGGCAAGUAAUCAGCCAAGCAAGAUGCAAUCUUCUACACAGGACCAGCCCCAAGCCAGACUGGAAGAUUUCUUUGUGUACCCAGCUGAACAGCCCCAGAUUGGAGCAGUUGAAGAUUCAAACCCAUCCGCAAAGGAAGACAGUAACCCCAAAUCCAAUGGAGAGGAACCUUUCAAAGAAAUCUUUCAGUCCAACUCUCCAGGAGAAUCUGAAUUUACAGUGCAAGCGCCUGGGUCUCCCCUAGUUGCCUCAUCUUUAUUAGCUCCCAGCAGUGGCCUUUCGGUUCAAAACUUCCCACCAGGGCUUUACUGCAAACCAAGCAUGGGGCAGCAAAAGCCAACCGCGUAUGUACGACCCAUGGAUGGCCAGGACCAGGCACCAGACAUCUCGCCGACACUGAAGCCUUCAAUCGAAUUCGAGAACAGCUUUGGAAAUCUGUCAUUCGGAUCACUCUUGGACGGAAAGCCCAGUGCAGCCAGUACAAAGGCUAAACUGCCAAAGUUCACGAUUCUUCAAACAAGUGAAGUAAGCCUUCCCAGUGAUCCGAGCUGUGUUGAGGAAAUCUUGCGGGAGAUGACCCAUUCCUGGCCUCCUCCUCUCACUGCCAUGCAUACUCCUGGAAACUCUGAGCAGAACACCUUUUCCAUCCCAGGACAGGAAUCCCAACAUCUGACCCCAGGAUUCACCUUACAAAAGUGGAGUGACCCAACCAGCAGAGCUUCUACGAAGAUGCUUGAGGACGACCUGAAGCUGAGCAGUGAUGAAGAUGACCUUGAACCUGUGAAGACCUUGACCACUCAGUGCACUGCCACUGAGCUCUACCAGGCUGUUGAAAAGGCAAAGCCUAAGAAUAAUACUAUAAACCUACUGGUGGCCACACCCCAGCCCCCACCCACAGUGCAAGCCAAUGGAGGAUCUGGAAGUUCCAGUGACUCAGAGAGCAGCUCCGAGUCGGACUCAGACACUGAAAGCAGCACCACUGACAGCGAAUCCAAUGAGGCCCCUCGCGUGGCCACUCCAGAGCCUGAGCCACCCUCCACCAACAAGUGGCAGCUGGAUAAAUGGCUUAACAAAGUGACAUCCCAGAACAAGUCAUUUAUUUGUGGCCAAAAUGAAACACCCAUGGAGACGAUUUCUCUGCCUCCUCCAAUCAUCCAGCCAGUGGAAGUCCAGAUCAAGGUGAAGACAAACCCCAGCCAGAUCCUGGCUGAACCCAAAGAAAGGCCUCUCCUCAGUCUCAUUCGGGACAAAGCUCGUCCACGGCCCACCCAGAAAACUCCAGAAACAAAGGCUUUGAAGCAUAAAUUGUCAACAACUCUUGAGACAGCCUCUCAAAGGACAAUUGGGAAAAAACAGCCCAAAAAGGUAGAGAAGAACAGUGUUGACGACUUUACCUGGUCCAAACCAAAUAUUACCAGCAGCACUCCCAAAGAAAAAGAAAGCGUGGAACUUCCUGACCCACCAAGAGGCCGCAACAAAGCCACUGCCCACAAGCCAGUCCCAAGGAAAGAACCAAGGGCUAACAUCCCCUUGGCUGCUGAGAAGAAGAAGUAUAGAGGGCCCGGCAAGAUGGUGCCCAAGUCUCGGGAAUUCAUUGAAACAGAUUCGUCUACAUCUGAUUCCAACACAGAUCAGGAAGAGACCCUGCAGAUCAAAGUCCUGCCUCCUUGCAUUGUCCCUGGGGGAAACAUUGCCAAAUCCAAGGAGACCUGUGGUGCCAGCCUGACCCUCAGCACCUUAAUCAACAGUAGCAUCAACAACAACAACCUAACCAUCACUAACGAGGAGCCAACUUUUUCACCCCUGCCUGUCCUGCAUACUGAGCUGCUGUCUCCUCUACGAGACCACGAGAAUCUGAAAAAUCUCUGGGUGAAGAUUGACCUUGACUUACUCUCUAGAGUACCUGGCCACAACUCGUUCCAAGCUGUGCCUGCCAAGCCAGACCACAAGGAGACUGCCUCGAAACCGAAGCGUCAGACUGCUGCCUCAGCCGUGGAAAAACCCGCCCCUAAAGGCAAGCGUAAGCACAAGCCAACAGAAGUUGCAGAGAAAAUUCCUGAGAAGAAGCAGCGCCUGGAGGAGGUCACCACCAUCUGCCUGCUCCCACCUUGCAUCUCACCAGCCCCACCCCACAAGCCUCCCAACACUAGAGAAAAUAAUUCAUCCAGGAGAGCAAACAGAAGGAAAGAAGAAAAGCUGUUCCCUCCUCCACUUUCCCCACUGCCAGAGGACCCCCCACGCCGCAGAAAUGUCAGUGGCAACAAUGGUCCCUUCAGCCACGAAAAAAUCAUGCCUGUGACUGGACAGGUCACCUCGACCAAACCUAAGAGAAGCGAAGGCAAAUUCUGUGCGACUUUCAAAGGGAUAUCUGUGAAUGAGGGAGACACUCCAAAAAAGGCAGCCUCUGCCACCGUCACUGUCACCAACACUGCUAUCACCACUGCCACUGUCACUGCUACUGCCAUUGUCACUGCCACUGUCACAGCCACCACCACGGCCACAGCCACCACCACAACCACUACCACCACCAUUUCCACCAUCACCUCUACCAUCACUACUGGCCUCAUGGAUAGCAGUCACCUGGAGAUGACGUCCUGGGCGGCCCUGCCCCUUCUGUCCAGCAGCAGCACCAAUGUUCGGAGACCCAAGCUCACUUUUGAUGACUCGGUCCACAAUGCUGAUUAUUACAUGCAGGAGGCUAAGAAGCUGAAGCACAAAGCUGAUGCCCUGUUUGAGAAAUUCGGCAAAGCCGUCAAUUACGCUGACGCAGCCCUCUCCUUCACCGAAUGUGGCAACGCAAUGGAGCGCGAUCCCCUGGAAGCGAAGUCUCCCUACACCAUGUACUCCGAGACUGUGGAGCUGCUCAGGUACGCGAUGAGGCUGAAGAACUUUGCCAGCCCCUUGGCUUCAGAUGGGGACAAAAAGCUAGCAGUAUUAUGCUACCGCUGUUUAUCACUGCUCUACUUGAGAAUGUUCAAACUGAAGAAGGACCAUGCUAUGAAGUACUCCAGAUCACUGAUGGAGUAUUUUAAGCAAAAUGCUUCAAAAGUCGCUCAGAUACCAUCUCCAUGGGUAGGCAAUGGAAAGAACACUCCUUCCCCGGUGUCUCUCAACAACGUCUCUCCCAUCAACACAAUGGGGAACUGUAACAAUGGCCCAGUCACCAUUCCCCAGCGUAUUCACCACAUGGCCGCCAGCCACGUCAACAUCACUAGCAACGUGUUAAGAGGCUAUGAACACUGGGACAUGGCCGACAAACUGACAAGAGAGAACAAAGAAUUCUUUGGCGACCUGGACACAUUGAUGGGGCCUCUGACCCAGCACAGCAGCAUGACCAAUCUUGUUCGCUACGUUCGCCAGGGACUGUGUUGGCUGCGCAUCGAUGCCCACUUGUUGUAGUGGGUACUCCCCAUCUCGCAUCACCACCCACCACUCUACCUCUACCAGCGCCCUUGUGGUCACUGGUGGAACUCCACUCAUUUGGGAAAGUUCUCUUUGAUUAUGUUUAUUUUUAUGCUUCUUUUGAUAUCUGUGAAAAACAGAAGUCAUUGUAAGUGGACACUACAACUUGAGAGCAGUGUACGUUUUAUUACCUAGUCAUUUUUCAGUAUUUUAUAUGCAUUCCUCAGAUCCCACUAUCCUUUUGUGCUUUACGGAAUGACACAUCCCUGUAGUAUUGUUUUAAGUCCACACUACCCAAAACAAAGAAUGGAAGACACUUGCGAUGAUAACAAAUUCCUGAGAAAUGAAACAAGAUGUCUUACACAUCUUUGAGAACUUAGACACAAAGGACCUGCAAAGAUUCAAAUUUUUAGCCAUAGCUCAUCCCCAAACUAUACUUUUAUGUCCAGAAAAGAACAUAUUUCAGAAUCCAUUGUUAAACUUUUAUGCUUCCCACGGACUCAGUCUUCAGGUGAGAAUUUCCAUUGUCAAAACCCAGUGGCUAGAUGUUGUAGCAACAUCAUAAAAUCAAGGGUGUUAAGAAAAUAAAUGAGCAUAACAAUGCCACUCUUAAAAAGAUGCUACGCCAUGCAACCGAGGCCUCCUUUGUUAGCAUCCCUUCCUGAUUGCCCAUUUUUUAAAUUUUAAUGAUGAGAAAGAGUGUUGCCAUUGAUUUUGACAACUCUAAGGCAUGAGCUGGCAUAUUUAGUUUUGAGCUCCAUGAUCUGAAGUGUAAAUCCUCACCUGGGAUUUUCUUUGUGCAAAGCUCUCCUUUUGAGGAGCAGUUGGGUGGAUACUCGCCCUAGUAGCCAAAAUGCUACACUCCAGUCUUAGAGAUGGAAGAUAAGAGAGGUCUGGAAAAUGCCAGACAAGGAAUUCAUACCUCUGCCUCCUUUGUAGUUGGUGGGUGGGUCCACAAUGGGUAGGAUUUAUUCAUUUUAUUUUGCUGAAAUCUAUGGAAACAAAAGUCAAGUUAUCACUACCUAGAAGUAAUAAUAUACAAUUUCUUUCUUAGUGGCUUUAAAAUCUAGACUUCCCCAAUUUUUAUUCACAUUUCCUAUUUUUACAGGGUUUCUUUUCUUCUUCUUUCUUUCAUAUUUCUUUUCUUUUUUUGGAUCAUAAGUUUUUGACUGAAAUACAAUCACUGAUUCUAUUAAAGUCUCUAUUAGCAUGAAACAAUUCCAUGAAAAUUCCAAAGAAAACUCUAAACUCUUUAAAUAGUAGCUAGCCUUUUUUUUUAUAAAAAAAAAAAAGAGUCUUGGGGUAGUACUUCAUUCUGG